AGACAAAUCCAUGGUUUUAUUAUUUUAAAAAAAUGGAAGUAAACAUAUUCCACACUUGCAUUCUGUUUGGAUUCCUUAUGCGGUGUGACACUGAGUCACGUGGCAGUGGCUGGGCUCAGCCUCCCCGCGGGGUAGCAGAACCACGGCGGCUCAGUGCGUGUGGUAACACAGGGAGCGCGAUGGCCUUGAGAGCCGAACUGUUAAAGUCCAUCUGGCACGCAUUCACCGCCUUGGAUGUAGACAAGAGCGGCAAGGUGUCCAAGUCACAACUUAAGGUGCUGUCCUAUAACCUGUGCACAUUGAUGAAGAUCCCGCACGACCCUGUAGCUCUGGAGGAACACUUCAAGGAUGACGACGAAGGCCCAGUGUCCAACCAGGGGUACAUGCCUUACCUCAACACCUUCAUUCUGGACAAGGUGAAGGAGGAGUUUGACCGCCAGGACUUUGACAGGAUGUGCUGGACGCUGUGCGCCCGAAAGAACUUGGACCGCAGCAACCUGCUGAUAUCUGACGACGAUGCCUUCAAGAUCUGGUGCAUCUUCAACUUCCUGUGUGAGGACCGCUACCCGUUGUCUAUCGUCAGCGAGGAGAUGGAGUACUUCCUGCGUAAGCUGACCGACUCCAUGGGGGGCAGCUGGGUGGAGGAGCGCUUCGAGGACUACAAGCUGGAGCUGCAGACCCAGGGGAGGAGCCUGAGCGCCUGGGAGCUCAUCACCCUGGUGGCCUCAGGCCACUUCAGCAAGGGCAUGGACCGCCAGACGCUGUCCAUGGGCAUCAACGAGGUGUACCAUGAGCUCAUCCUGGACGUCCUCAAACAGGGCUACAUCAUGAAGAAGGGCCACAAGAGGAAGAACUGGACAGAGCGCUGGUUCGUCCUGAAGCCCACCUCAAUCUCCUACUACAUGGGGGAGGACAUGGCCGAGAAGAAGGGAGACAUCCAGCUGGACGGGAACUGCUGUGUGGAGCCAUUACCGGACAAGGAGGGGAAGAAGUGUCUGCUGUUCAUCAAGUGUGCGGGGAAGAGCUAUGAGAUCAGCGCGUCAGACAAGAAGAGGAAACAGGAGUGGAUUCAGGCCAUCCAGACGUGUGUGAGUCUGCUGCGUCUGGGCCUGCCCGCCCCGCACCGCGAGGCCCGUCUGAGGCGCAGGGAGCAGCGGGCCCGGCUGCAGGCAGAGCAGGAGGACCUGGAGGCCCGCAUGAAGGAGCUGACGGCUGCCAAUGACACCAAACAGCAGGAGCUGGAGGCCAUGAGGAAGGCCCUGGAGGAGGCGGCGGCCAGAGCGGCGGAGGAGGAGCGGCGGCGGCUGCAGACCCAGACAGAGCUCCAAGACCGCUACCGGACCGACCUGGAGAGAGAGAAGACGGUGCGGCAGCAGAUGGAGGAGCAGGUGGCCCUGAAGUCCAGCGAGCUGGAGCAGUACCUGCAGCGGGUGCGGGAGCUGGAGGACAUGUACCACCGGCUGGAGGACGCGCUGGAGGAGGAGAGGGCGGCACGCCAGGACGAGGAGACGGUGCGCCGGCUGCAGGCGCGAUUACUGGAGGAGGAGUCGACAAAGAGGGAGGAGCUGGAGAAGAUCCACCUGCGGCAGCAGAGGGCAAUCUCGGAGACGGAGGCGGAGAAAAAGGAGCUGGAGAAGGAGAGGAGGGCCAAGGAUAGCGCCCUGCAGGACGCCAUGCAGCAGCUGGAACACCUGGAGAGCGAGAGGCAGGGGGCGCUGGAGCAGUAUCAGGCGGUGACGAAGAAGCUAGAGGACGCCGCCAACAACACGAGGACCUGGAAGCACAAGGUGGCCGAACACGAGGGCCUCGUACGCCUCAUCCAGCCAGGCAACAAGGGGCCCCAGAGGAUCACCAACUGGGGCCCGGCGGCCUUCUCCGAGGUGGAGCUGAGCGUGCGGGAGAAGGAGUGGCAGGACAGGAAGAGGCCGGCCCAGUAGAGGCAGGAGGCCUCGGCCCUCCACUGGGGGCCUCAGGGGGACCAGGACCAGCCACCGGGCCCCCCGCUCUGCACCCCGUCGGAGUCUCAGGUCCACAGCAGUACUUGAAGAAUGGUUAGCGUAGAGAGAUACAAGGGCUCAGUAUUUAAUAACUAACAAAAACAUUUCCAUGUUUAAUAUCAUUAAUAGGUCAAUUUUUUAUGCUAUAUCAGUCAUAUUGUUGGGUAAUCAAAAGACAAAGUAAAAAAUGACAAAAGCUAAAUCUUUCAUGGAAAACCUUUUGGCUUUGAUCAGUUUUGGUAUUGAUCAGAUUCCAGUUUGGUUGAUUCAGCAUUGGCCCAAAGAAUUCACGGAAUUUGUUGAGCAAUCCCCGACCUGGAACUCAUUUGUGUGCGUGAUUUGGUCGCACGAUCGUCACGGCUUUCAUUGCACCGAGCUGUCUGAGUUCUGCUGGUGACAUUGUUAUCAUCUCUCAGAGAGAAUAGAGUACCCCUACAGUCACGUUUGGUAGGAGCAUCUGAUAAGUGACUCAAUAGAACAUGUUCAUUCAGUCUGUCCAUUUGUCUGUGAAGUGCAGUCCUUUAUGACUAAUCUAAAACAUGGACAUUUUCGUAUAAAACCUUAGAUAUCAUGA